GCACCGGAAACAGGCAGGUAUUCUUCGCAUGGCUUCUUCCUCACCUUGUAGUUUGAGGGGAAUCUUUGAGGGGGAAAUUCAUUCUGAAAUCAAAGGUAGAGAAGCGACAUUUUCAGGGGAAAUCCCGCGUUUAUUCCCCGCGGUUCUCGCGUCUCUCCCAGGACAACGGGAGCGCGAGAAAAAGUGCCGAAAGGGGCUUGUGAAAAGCAGAGGAACAAAACAUUUCGGAGAACUUGUGCUUUUUAUCUUCGGACGCGUUGGCCAGAAGAGAGAAGCCAAGCGUCUUUGCCACUCUUGCCCCCACCCUCUCUUCGUGGACUCGUCCGAAGAUAAAAAAAAAACACAAACCGGUUCUGCGGCACUUCCAUCUUUCCCUUUCUUACUCUUUUUCUUCCUUUGCUUCUUUGCUCUUGCCUUCGUUUCUUUUCUUUCGCUCUCUCCUGUCUCUUUUCUCUUCCUCCUCCGCUUCGUCGCGCUUUGGGCUUUUCCUGUGCACCGCACGCGGUGUGUUUCGACUCUGUUUUCUCGGGUCUUCCUUCGUGUUUUCCUUCUUUUCUCGUCGAUUUCUUCUGUUUCUCUCCAAUAUGGCGAGAAACGCAGAGAGGGCGAACGCAGUGCUGAACAAAUGGCUGGCGGUCAAGGAUGCUGUCGUCAAGGGCGCCGCUUCUCGCGAGAGGCGACCCAGAGACGUCAACUCCUGCCAGGACCUGAAGCAGGCGGAAAAAUGGCGAAGCGAGGUCAUGCGUGAGAUCGGGAAGCUGAUCACGCAGGUCCAGGACGCGAGUCUGGGAGAGCAUCGAAUCCGCGACUUGAACGAUGACAUCAAUCGAAUGAUUCGCGUCAAAAAAGCCUGGGAGUUCCGAAUCAAAGAGCUCGGCGGCCCAGACUACUCGGCCUCCGCAACGGCUCUGGAGGCCAUGAGCAAAAUGAGCGCUGCCGGCGCCGAUGGGUACAUGUACUUUGGCGCCGCGAAGGAGCUAAAGGGUGUGAGAGAGUUGCUGGAACGCGAGGCGUCGGAGCAGCAGAAGCCUCGCAAAACGCGUGCAAUGCUAUUCAAAAACAUCACACCAGAUUACUACGGGUGGCGAGAUGAGGAAGACGGGGAGAUUCUCUUGGCAGAGAAAGUGCGAGAAGAAGAGCUUCGACAAGAGGCCCUUGGCGCAUCACGCGGGAGCAAGCGAGUCCGAUCGGCGCCCUUGGCAGGGGAUGCAGAUUCUGACAGCGACGAAGAAUCCAAGAGAAGAAAGCGAGACCAGGAUGCGUCUUCCCAACCUUCUGGAGGCGUUCCCGAGUUCCAGUCCUACGUCGACGUCCCGAGCGCGGAAACCAUCGCGCGUCUGCUCGUCGAGCGGAAGAAGCAGCUGCUUCUAGAGAAAUACGUGUCUACGCAACAAAGAGAAAAGGAAAAGGAGUCUCGGGCGCUUGCCUCACAGUCAACCUGAAGGCUGAGCCUGGAUGUUGUAAGGAGACGAAAACUGGCAGAAACGAAGGAACAAGUGCAAGAAGGACAAGAGGUUGCAGUGCUGGAUUCCCGAAGACGAAAGACUCCUCUGAUGUCGUCCGCGUUUCCCCUGCCUUUCGUCUUCUUCCACCUGCAGCGCAUCGCGCUCUGCUAAACUGUCCUUUUUGUCCUCUCAGUGCCUGUGUGCUUGCACCCUGCAGGGGGGAGGGGGAAAGGGGGCAAGCGCAUCGCUCCUCUUAUUCUUUGUUGUUUGUCCUCGUUCUUUGUCUGCAUUUUUCGUCUAUCGAAGGCUGUCUCUCCUGGCCAUUCUUUGCGUUCGUUGCACUUGUAUUUUGCGUCUAUCUUGCCCCAGAAAAGACAAACUUUUCAAGUGUUUCCGGUCUUGGCAGCGAUUCGCGCGGCGGUAGGGGCCUGUAACCCGUGUCGGGCAUACUACAACGGAAAGUCAGAAUCAUAUCGUUACGAGACGACCUCCCCAGUUUGUCAAAAGAGCCUGUCUGCUUUCGCAUGGCCCUUGCCAUUUCGGGUGCACAAAACACGGGUAUACUCCGAAAAAUGGUGUCGCACACUAUCACGAGAGAAGCCGUUCCGGG